UAAUGCUCUUUGCCUCCCUUUUUCCCCAUCUUCCUAACCUUUUGUCACUCUGUUUUUGCAGGCACAUCCAGUAUCUAACUAGGGUUCCUUCUCUUAAUAUGCCUUCUCUCAUGUUCCAUUUGUAAUAGCUACUAGUAGAUCCAAAGGAAUUUUCACCUUUCUGUGGCUGCAUAGUCUUUUCCACAAGGGGACCAGUUACUGAAAGAACCUACCCGAGGAGAAAAUUAAGGAGAGAGAUUAGGGAUGGCAUCUUCCAGCUAUUCAAAUUCUCCAUGUGCAGCCUGCAAAUUCCUUAGGAGAAAAUGUCUGCCGGACUGUGUUUUUGCACCCUACUUUCCACCGGAGGAACCGCAGAAAUUUGCCAACGUUCACAAGAUAUUCGGCGCCAGCAACGUCAGCAAACUUCUGAAUGAAGUUCCACCGAAUCAAAGAGAAGAUGCUGUCAACUCCCUGGCCUAUGAAGCCGAGGCCCGGAUGAAGGAUCCAGUCUACGGCUGCGCUGGGGCCAUUUCGGUGCUUCAACGACAGGUUAUUCGGCUCCAGAAGGAGUUGGAUGCCACCAACGCCGAUCUGAUCCGGUACGCCUGCGGUGAGAUGCCGGCACCGCAAUUUGGAAGAAGGCCAGGGCAUGGAGGCGGAGGAGGAGGAGGGUUUAAUCAGAAUUCUGGGUUUUAUUAUUCUUCUCCAUGGAGCAAUGGAGAUGACAAUGGAAGAGGUGAAGGUAGUAUGUGAGAUUAUUGAAUUAUGUAUAGUUAGAUUUAUGCCUGAGAUUGUGAAGUUGCAAAAUUAGUAGGAAGAAGACCCAUUUAGGGUUUCUUAUUAUGGAAAUGUUCAUAAGGGAGACCAUGUGCCAUUAUCCAAGUUUUUUGUAAACAAACUCCUCAUAACAUUUUGUGACUUUUUACUCUUUAUAUGUACAUCUAUUAAUUUCAUGCU